GUGGAGCCUAACAAGGACGAUAACAGUAACAACGGCAGCAGUCAGCAGACCCCGUUCCAGGGGUGGAAUCGCGGGCCUAAUCCGUGCUGGGAGGAUGGUCCUGAACUUUCUUAGCACCGUCUUUCCUGGCCAGAGGGACAUCAGCUCAUCCUUCAGGGUCUACAGAAUCCAGAGCCGGUAGCUCUUUGGUCAAAUACUCUUCUAUCAUCAGGAUCCCUCCGCCUGCUGCACGGAGAAUGGACAGUAGGGGACACAGCAGAAGCAGGGAGUCCGCCUGGACAAUGCAGACUCCACUGACCAGUCCUGUGCCUGUGCCUGUGCCUGUGCUCCGGCUCCCCCGGGGUCCUGACGGCUUGAGCCGAGGCUUUGCCCCUGAUGGACGUAGGGCCCUCCUGAAGCCAGAGGUUCCUGAAACCCUUGAGUCUUCCCUGGUUCAUGAAUGUCAGGAAUCCCAGGAACAGCAGGCAAGAGCCAACCUUCGGGAGCGCUACCUCCGCAGCCUGCUGGCCAUGGUGGGUCGCCAGGUGAGCUUCACUUUGCACGAGGGUGUGCAUGUGACUGCCCACUUUGGAGCCACUGAUGUGGAUGUGGCCAACUUCUAUGUGUUGCAGCUGCAGACUCCAAUAGGUGUGCAGGCUGAGGCACUGCUCCGGUGUAGUGACAUUAUUGCAUACACCUUCAAGUUAUAAAGACAUUAUUGUUGUCACCUUCUGCCUUAAGCCUAGCCACAGAUUCCCAAGCCUCCAACUAUUCUGGAUAUCUGAGCCUCAUAGAGUUCGGAACUCCCUUGGAGUUUUGAACCAAGCUCCAAGCAACCAUGACUUCUUCAGCCCUCCAGGGUCUAGUCAGUAAAAUUCUGCAACCCUACGAGUUCUAGAUCCUCUUGAAAGGAAUGCUCUACCUCACAGAACUCUAAACUCUACAGAAAUGUGGGUCUUGAGCCAGUUCCUGAAGACUCGGGGUGAGGUGGGGAAGGGGGCAAAUUGCAUUGUAGAAAAUUGUUUACUAGAGCUCUGCUGGUGUGGAUUGAGCACAGUCGUCCCAUGGAGAGAGGUCCCGGUUGGAUUCCAGGUGAGGGCACAUGUCCCGGUGGUGACUCAAUCCCCAGUAAGGGGGUAUGCAGGAGGCAGCCUAUCGAUAU